AUGAACGACAGGCUCCAACGUCACAGCGCCCACGCGCCGCUCCACCCGCCGGGUCAGCGCCCCCCCCGCUCACCAGGCAGCGCCUUGCGCUCUGCUGGCCGCGUGGACAGCACCGGCGAGCAUGCUGCACGCGGAGCAGGUGAGCGUGCAGUUCCCCCCUUGCCCAUGCCUAUCCCCCUUGCCCAUGCCUAUCCCCCUUGCCCAUGCCUAUCCCCCUUGCCCAUGCCUUUCCCCCUUGCCCAUGCCUUUCCCCUUGCCCAUGCCUUUCCGCCUUGCCCAUGCCUUUCCCCCUUGCCCAUGCCUUUCCCCAAUGCCCGUCCCUUUCCCCCUUGCCCAUGCCUUUCCCCCUUGCCCAUGCCUUUCCGCCUUGCCCAUGCCUUUCCCCCUUGCCCAUGCCUUUCCGCCUUGCCCAUGCCUAUCCGCCUUGCCCAUGCCUAUCCGCCUUGCCCAUGCCUAUCCCCCUUGCCCAUGCCUUUCCCCCUAGCCCAUGCCUUUCCCCCUUGCCCAUGCCUUUCCCCAUUGCCGGUCCCUUUCCCCCUUUGCCCAUGCCUAUCCGCCUUGCCCAUUCCUUUCCGCCUUGCCCAUGCCGUUCCCCCUUGUCCAUGCCUUUCCCCCUUGCCCGUCCCUUUCCCCCUUGCCCAUGCCUUUCCCCCUUGCCCAUGCCUUUCCCCCUUGCCCAUGCCUUUCCGCCUUGCCCGUCCCUUUCCCCCUUUGCCCAUGCCUAUCCGCCUUGCCCAUGCCUAUCCCCCUUGCCCAUGCCUUUCCCCCUUGCCCAUGCCUAUCCCCCUUGCCCAUGCCUUUCCCCCUAGCCCAUGCCUUUCCCCCUUGCCCAUGCCUUUCCCCAUUGCCGGUCCCUUUCCCCCUUUUGCCCAUGCCUAUCCGCCUUGCCCAUUCCUUUCCGCCUUGCCCAUGCCGUUCCCCCUUGUCCAUGCCUUUCCCCCUUGCCCGUCCCUUUCCCCCUUGCCCAUGCCUUUCCCCCUUGCCCAUGCCUUUCCCCCUUGCCCAUGCCUUUCCGCCUUGCCCCCCAUGCCUUUCCCCCUUGCCCAUGCCUUUCCCCAUUGCCGGUCCCUUUCCCCCUUUGCCCAUGCCUAUCCGCCUUGCCCAUUCCUUUCCGCCUUGCCCAUGCCGUUCCCCCUUGUCCAUGCCUUUCCCCCUUGCCCGUCCCUUUCCCCCUUGCCCAUGCCUUUCCCCCUUGCCCAUGCCUUUCCCCCUUGCCCAUGCCUUUCCGCCUUGCCCGUCCCUUUCCCCCUUUGCCCAUGCCUAUCCGCCUUGCCCAUGCCUAUCCGCCUUGCCCAUGCCUUCCCCCCUUGCCCAUGCCUAUCCCCCUUGCCCAUGCCUUUCCCCCUAGCCCAUGCCUUUCCCCCUUGCCCAUGCCUUUCCCCAUUGCCGGUCCCUUUCCCCCUUUGCCCAUGCCUAUCCGCCUUGCCCAUUCCUUUCCGCCUUGCCCAUGCCGUUCCCCCUUGUCCAUGCCUUUCCCCCUUGCCCGUCCCUUUCCCCCUUGCCCAUGCCUUUCCCCCUUGCCCAUGCCUUUCCCCCUUACCCAUGCCUUUCCGCCUUGCCCGUCCCUUUCCCCCUUUGCCCAUGCCUAUCCGCCUUGCCCAUGCCUAUCCGCCUUGCCCAUGCCUAUCCCCCUUGCCCAUGCCUUUCCCCCUAGCCCAUGCCUUUCCCCCUUGCCCAUGCCUUUCCCCCCUUGCCCAUGCCUUUCCCCAUUGCCCGUCCCUUUCCCCCUUUGCCCAUGCCUAUCCGCCUUGCCCAUUCCUUUCCCCCUUGCCCAUGCCUUUCCCCCUUGCCCAUGCCUUUCCCCAAUGCCCGUCCCUUUCCCCCUUGCCCAUGCCUUUCCCCCUUGCCCAUGCCUUUCCGCCUUGCCCAUGCCUUUCCGCCUUGCCCAUGCCUUUCCCCCUUGCCCAUGCCUUUCCCCCUUGCCCAUGCCUAUCCGUCUUGCCCAUGCCUAUCCGCCUUGCCCAUGCCUAUCCGCCUUGCCCAUGCCUAUCCCCCUUGCCCAUGCCUACCCCCCUUGCCCAUGCCUUUCCCCCUAGCCCAUGCCUUUCCCCCUUGCCCAUGCCUUUCCCCCUUGCCCAUGCCUUUCCCCCUUGCCCAUGCCUUUCCCCCUUGCCCAUGCCUAUCCCCCUUGCCCAUGCCUUUCCCCCCUUGCCCAUGCCUAUCCCCCUUGCCCAUGCCUAUCCCCCUUGCCCAUGCCUAUCCCCCUUGCCCAUGCCUUUCCCCCUUGCCCAUGCCUUUCCCCCUUGCCCAUGCCUUUCCCCCUUGCCCAUGCCUUUCCGCCUUGCCCAUGCCUUUCCCCCAUUGCUCACCUCCUCCCCUCCCCUCCCUCUUCCGUGGGCAGCUACGUUGACGGAGAGCCAACGGACGGUGUGCAGCGUUUCUUCAAGUGGAUGCUGCUGCUGCAGAGGUAGAGUCCCCAGCCGUCCCAUGCGCUUUGCCGUGUUUGGGCUGGGCAAUCAGCAGUACGAGCACUUCAACCUGAUGGGCAACAUGCUUGACACGCGCCUCGCUGCUCUAGCUGGUGGGCUACGUCUCAUCGGCACUGAUUGGCAAAAGUUCUUGGGUUUCGGCAACCAGGUGCAGGGCAGGGAUGGAGGAAGGACAUGGUCCGCCUUCCCCAUCCCGUCCUGCCCCAUUCCGUCUUCCCCCAUCAGCCUUCCCCCACCAGCCUUCCCCAACCCGCUUUCCCCCACCUACCUGAGACCCAUCCGCCUUGGCACAACUGCGUUCCCCCAUCCGCUUUCCCCCAUCCGCUUUCCCCCAUCCGCUUUCCCCCAUCCGCAUUAG